AUGAAUUCUUCUAUUCAAAUACCACAAAAUGAUGAUAUUACACAAAAUAAAAUGAAAGCACUAGAACUUAAUGCAAAUUAAUUUCAAGCAUAAUUGAAAGUAUCUUAAUACAAUUAUUAAGCCUCUUUUUUAAGAGAAUACUAAGUUAAAAUAACAUGUCAUUGGUCUUAACUUCUAUAUUGAAGAAAGAAAAUUGUAACUUAGUAAUUUAAUCAAUGAUACUGGACCUAAUGGAGAAGAUAGAGUUUUGAUUAAGGCAGUUGCUGAUUUUAAAUAAAUAUGUGAUCUUUUAGAAGGUAUUUAAUUAAAUAAUUUAUUAGAGGAAUUACUUAGGCUUAAUAAAACUAUUGUUGAUAACACCAACGAAAACUCAAAACUAUAAAUCAUCAUAAAAUAAUUAAAAGACAAAUCAUAAUAAGAAACAGAUCGAUUUUUUUAAGAAAAAUAAUCAUUUAUUGAUUAAAAUCGUCGUUUGAGUGAAUAUCAUAAAUAAGAGUCACUUAAUUGGGAAUCAAUUUAAAAUAGAAUGGUAUAUAUUUGAUUAUCUAAAAUAUAGUAAAUGAAAAUUGAGGACUUAUGUUCUUAGAUUUUUUAAUUAGAAUUCAUUAUAAGUAAGACCCAUAAACAUUAUAAAUCUUAAAUAGAGGAGAAAUCUCUUAUUAUGAAUCAUGUAGUGAGAUAAUUAAAUUUAGAAAAGGAAGAAUUGAUGGAAAAUUUUGAAGUUGAAAGAAGAUCAUACUUAUAAUAAUUAGAAAUUUUUAGUAAAAAAUUGAAUGAGAAUAAAACAGCAUUAAUUAAUGAAUAUGAGUAUAAGAUCUAAUCUUAAAGAAUGAAAUUAGAAUCCUAAAUUUAAAAAUUAAUGGAAGAUUGUUAGGAUUAUAGAAAUUAAUUUUUGAAUACAAUUGAAAGUAAUAAAAUACUAUAAUUGUAAAUUGAAAGAUACAUUCCUUAAAUUGCUACUUUAGAGAAAGAUAUUUAAGAUUAAAAAUAUAAAGUUUUUCUUAGUGAAGAAAUUAUAAGAACAAAAGAAGCUUAAAUAUUAUAAUAAGAAAAAGAAAUCAAUUAAUUAAAGUAUUAAUUAUAAAUUAUUUAGUGAAUAGAUUAAAAAACUCAAUUUAGAAAAAGCAUAAUUAUUAAUAAAAGAUUAAUAAAAAAGAUAGGGAUCUAUAAUAUAAUAAAAUAAAACUUAAUCUCCAGAUAAAGCUAUUUAAUAAAAUAAGAAUUCAUAGCAUUAAAGAUAGAGUAUUAAGUAUAGAGAUUAGAUUAAGUAUCCUAUUUCAGAUUCUUAAAUAAAUUCCACUUUAAAAAAAAAAAAUACUUAAAAAGAUGAAAAUACAUUUGAAGAAACAACUAUUGAAUAAUAUGUAGAAAAUAAUAAAUAAGAAAUUCUAUAAUCAAUUUAAUAAUCUAAACAAUAGUCAAGAUCUUCAUCUGUAGAUGAAUUAAAUAAUUCUCAGCUUCCCUUAAUAAAGAUUGUAAAUAAUGAAACAUAAAAAUCCAUCAAUACUGACUAUAUUUAAAUAAUUUAAACAGAAAAUAAUCUCUCUUUAUAAACAACACAAAAAGCAUGGAUUUUACAAAAUGAUGCUGAAGUUUAAUGCAAUUUAAUUGAUUUCAUUAAUUCAUCUAUAAUUUCAACUUAUGAGUAAUAAAUUACUAAAUUAAAUAAUGAGCUUCAUUAAUUAAAAAAUGAAUAUGAAAUUCAAUUAAAAUUGAAAGAAGAUUAAAUAAAUGAAAUUUAUGAAUAAAUUAAAUCUUAAAAGUCUAUUUUAGAAUAAAAUUAAGAAUAAUAAUUAAAAGAUAUCUAAAAAUAAUAGUAAGAUAUCCUAAAAUACUAAGAAGAUGAUCUAAUAUAAAAAGAAAAUACAAUUAAAUAAUUAGAAUUGGUAAUAAAUGAAAAAGAUGUAAAAAUUUAAAAAUGUCUUGAUUAAGAAAAUAUAUAUAGGGGUAUGAUUGAAUAAUUAAAUGAAAAGCAUAGAUAAUCAGGAUUUAGUAAAAAUGAGCUUAUCCUAAAAUUUUAGGAUGAUAUGAAAUAAAUGGAGAACGAACAUUAGAUUGAAUACAAAAGACUUUUAGAAGUAAAUGAAAAAUUAAAGGAAAUGCAUUAAUAAGAAAUAUAAAAUUUAAAUAAUUAGCAUCAAUUAGAUUAAGAAUAAUUGAUACAAGAAAGAACAAGAUUAGAAGAUUAAAAAGUUGAACAUGAAUAUUAUAUUAGAUCUACUAAUGAUCUUUUAGAAUAAGCAAAAUCUAAAGAAUUUUUAUUAGAUAAUUAUAGAAGAGAAUUAUUAAAGACUAAUGAAAUUGUCAAGUAUCUUUCUUUAGAAAUUGAGAAUUUUAAGAAAAUAAAUAAUAUUUUUAGAUCUAAAAAUGAUCAUUCAAAUUAUAACUUUCUAUAUAAUGGUAUGGGGUUUCUUCCAACUGAAGUUUAAGAUAAGAUAAAAUAAAAAAUGAAUAAAGUUAAACAAAAAAAUUAAUCAAACAAUAUUUUGAAAGAUGCUUAUGCCAUGAAUUUUUAAUUAUAAAAAGGCACUAAAAUGAAAUAUGCAAAGCUAGUUUCAAUGAAUGCAAAAAAUUUAGAUUAAAAAUAAUUAAAGUUUUUAUUACUUUUAAUAAUUUUAGAUAAGAAAUAAAAUUUAAAUUAGAAACAUUCAAUGAACUUAAUGAAUCCUUGCCAAAAAUCAAUCCAAAGAAUUUUUAAGAAUGCGCACGUACAAAUUCAGACCGCAAAUUAAAUUAGAUUAAUAAAAAUCUUCGUUCAAGUAUUUAAUAGAAUAUUUUUAAGAAACGUAACAGGAAGAUUACAUGAAUAGUGAUUCAAAUAGAAUGAUAUAAGAUAUCAAUUAGAGAGAAUUAAUGUUAAUAUAGAGCAGCUAACAAUUACUGUCUCAAAUUAAUUCUUAAACUAUUAAUAAAAAAAAUUUUAAUUUAAUAAAAAAAAACAACCAAAGUACUUCAAGAAUUUGA